UACACCACAGCCACUUACUUUACUCAGCCAGACCGUACAGCUCUAUUCGUGUCGACUGUCCAGAGUCCACGAAUACGGCUCCGCUUAGCUUCACAAUCACCACCAAUUCAAGUGACCACCUUACACAGUAAAGAUUUUCUUUUUUGUUCGUGUCCCUGUUUUUUUUUCCUGAUCUUAUCCUGGAGCCCGCAGCAGCACAUCUGCAAAACACUCACAUUCCAGUGGCCUCUCCUCCUGCUCAGACAUGUCGCUCCAUAGCUUUGGGCUUGAGCCGCUCUCUUGCCACGCCUGGAACAAAGAUAGGACACAAAUUGCUGUGAGUCCUAACAACACUGUGGUAAACAUCUAUGAGAAGAAAGGCGAAGACUGGGUUAAGAUCCACGAGCUGACUGAGCACAGUGGACAAAUCACAGGUAUUGAUUGGGCACCGGUGUCCAACCGUAUUGUGACCUGUGCCUCUGAUCGGAAUGCCUAUGUGUGGACACUAAAAGAUGGUGUGUGGAAGCCCACACUGGUCCUGGUGCGCAUCAACCGUGCAGCCACCUGUGUGAAAUGGUCCCCACAGGAGAACAAGUUUGCUCUGGGCAGUGGAGCUCGGCUUAUCUCUGUCUGCUACUUUGAGAAGGAGAAUGACUGGUGGCUGAGCAAGCACAUUAAGAAGUCCAUCCGUUCCACAGUUCUGAGUCUGGACUGGCAUCCCAACAACGUCCUGCUGGCAGCUGGCUCUGCAGAUCUUCACUGUAGAGUUUUCUCAGCCUACAUCAAGGACAUCGAGGACAAGCCCGGCCCCACACCUUGGGGGGCCAAGAUGCCUUUUGGGGAGUUGCUGCUGGAGCAUAAAGACUGUGGUGGGUGGGUGCACAGCGUCUCCUUCUCCGCUAGUGGGGACCAGUUGGCCUGGGUGGCCCACAACAGCAGCAUCACUGUGAUUGAUGCUGCACAGGGGAAGGAGGUAACCCAGCUGACCACAGAGCUUCUGCCGCUGCUGAGCGUCCUUUUUGUCAGCCCUACGGAGAUUGUUGCUGCGGGCCACGGUUGUUGCCCCUACCAGUUCUCCUAUAGAGGUCCAGGUGCCCUGGAGUUUGUGAAGAAGCUGGAUGUCCCAAAGCAGACAUCCAAAGGCAGUUUGUCAGCCAUGCAGCACUUCCGCAACUUGGACAAGAAGGCCACUGAGGAGGACAGCAACGAAGUAGAAGCUCUUCAUCAGAACAGCAUAAUGCAGCUGUGUAUUGUAUCAGGGGUGGAAGCCAAAGUGGAGAGCUACAGCAGUGUAGGUCUGGAUGGAGCCAUGGUAAUCUGGGACUUUAAGCACUGAAUCAACACAGCUUUCAUUAUUUCUGAAGCAUCAACAAAACCAAAUAGAUUCUUUCCUACAAACAGACCAUCUGCUUGUUCAUUGUUGUUGCUUUGAAGAACUGGAAAACACCAUCUUCACGAGGACAGCUUUGUUUUUAUAUGAAUUAAGAGACCAGUAAAUAAAGCCUUCUUCUCAUUUUAAA